CAGACAACACCUUUACUGACUCUUCAAGAGUGCUUGCAUGGUGAGCUAUCAUAGCUCAUCUCUACAGGGGCAACAUGAGCGCUUCUGUGGCCGUGUACAGGGAUAUUUACACAGAGGACCGCUUCAAACAGGCCUACGGCUCCGAUGAUAACUCGAGUGGGAGUUUGCGUCUCCGGGAGAAACUUGCCGGGAGGUGCAGGUGUUCGAGGCGAGCCUGCCUUCACCUGUUGAAGGAGAGAGUGCCUAUUUUCAAAUGGCUGCCAAGAUACAGACUAAAGAAAUGGAUUUUGGGAGAUACUAUAGCAGGACUGACAGUUGGUAUUCUUCACAUUCCACAAGGCAUGGCCUUUGCCUUACUGACAUCUGUGGCUCCAAUAUUUGGCCUUUACACCUCCUUUUUCCCUGUGGUCCUCUAUAUGUUUUUCGGCACAGGUCGACACGUGUCCACAGGUACCUUUGCUGUGGUGAGUCUGAUGACUGGCUCUGUGGUGGAGCAGCUGGUUCCCACUCCUCUGGAGAUGAACUCAAGUUCGCCUGAAGCAGCCGACUUUGAGGCCCAGAGGAUUGGAGUUGCCUCAGCUGUGGCGCUCCUCUCAGGAAUUAUCAUGCUCUGUAUGUUUGGCCUUCAGCUGGGCUUCCUCUCCACGUAUCUGUCGGAGCCAAUUGUUAAAGCUUUCACCAGUGCUGCUGCCUUCCAUGUUACCGUGUCACAGCUGCAAAGCAUGCUGGGGCUGCGGCUCCCUCGCCACACUGGGACCUUCACCCUCUUCAAAACUGUAGCGUCAGUGAUGGAGAACCUGCCGCACACCAACAUGGCAGAGCUGCUCAUCUCUUUGGUGUGUUUGGCUGUUCUGGUGCCAGUUAAGGAGAUCAACAUGCGUUGCCGGCAGCGCCUGCGUACACCUAUCCCUGUGGAGAUCCUCACGGUGAUAAUUGCUACAGGUGUGGCCUACGCCUCCUCACUGGACUCUGCUUAUGACAUUGAGAUAGUUGGCCACAUCCCAGCUGGAUUCCCAAGGCCACAGAUGCCUGCCUUACACACUUUCCCUGACAUUGCUGGAGACACAGUUGCCAUAACAUUUGUUGGUUACGCUGUGUCUGUCUCACUAGCGAUGAUCUAUGCCGAUAAACAUGGAUACUCCAUACAUCCCAACCAGGAGCUCCUGGCUCACGGUAUCUCCAACACGGCGUCUUCUUUUUUCACCUGCUUCCCCAGCUCAGCCACUCUUGCCACCACUAAUAUACUGGAGAGUGCUGGCGGGCACACACAGCUCUCUGGCUUGUUCACCAGUCUGGUUGUUCUGAUUGUCCUGCUGCUGAUUGGACCGCUGUUCUACUUUCUUCCAAAGGCAGUUUUGGCAUGCAUCAACGUCACCAGCCUCAGGCAGAUGUUCCUGCAGUUCCAGGACUUACCAGAGCUGUGGAGAAUCAGCAAGAUGGAUUUUAUGGUUUGGGUGGUGACCUGGCUCUCUGUAGUGGUACUCAACGUGGAUCUUGGCCUAGCAAUCGGAGUGGUUUUCUCAAUGAUGACUGUCAUCUGCCGCACACAAAGGGCUGGUUGUUCUGUGCUUGGUCGCGCCAGUAACACAGAAAUUUACAGACCUCUGGAGAACCACAGCAAGUGCUAUGAGGUACCUGGAGUGAAGAUCCUUACUUAUAACGGACCCAUUUACUAUGGCAACCGUAGUUUCUUCAGGGAGGAGAUGAGCAGGCUGCUGGGCCUGACGCCUGAGAGGAUCCGCAGCCUGGAGAAAGCAAGGAAAGCCCUGGAGAAAAGGGAGAGAGAGGCCAGCGUCAGCACUGUGGAAAGAGGCAUUGCAAACACAUCGUUUUCUUCAGAGAAUGAGUUCUUUAAAUCUGAAAUAUCUGACAGUGAUGUUCAGGCAGUGUUAAUUGAUUGCAGCAGUGUGACAUUUGUUGAUGUUGCUGGAGCAAGAAUCUUCAUACAGGUGUGUACUGAAUGCCAGAAAGUUGGAGUUCAUGUGUAUUUGGCAAACUGCAAUGAGAGUGUCUUAAAGAUCCUAACAUCAAGUGGUCUAAUGACCUACAUGAACCCCCAACAUAUUUUCGUCACUGUUCAUGAUGCAGUGAUGUAUAUUCAGCAGCAGAAGGAAAAACCUCCAGAGAACACCACGACUGUUUGGGUAUGAGCCAAAAAGAAAAUGAUGAGUCAUGCUCCCAUCAACCAAGUGUCUUGGACAACAAAGGCAGAGGGCAGAAGGACUUUAACAUUUCGUUUUAUAAGUAGAGACCAUGUCUCCUAGCUGUAUAGCAGUGCUGCAGCAUUUGGCCCCGUCUUCACUUUAUAUACCAGUAUUUCAAAGAAGCAGUAGCCUGUUGUAGCACAAUAUCAUGAAUUACAUUAUUUAUUACAUUACAGUGUUAGCAACUUUCUCACAGAUAUUGGAGUCCUGGCACACUUUAAUGUGAUAAUAGUAAACUGUCAGAAAUUCAGAAAGCUUUAAAUAAGGCAGAUACAACAGAUGAUAUCCUCAUAUAUUUAGUGUAAAAAAUAACAUGACUUUAAAAUUGUAUAUGAUCAAUGUUAAUUGUUUUGUUGUUUUAUGUGCUGGAAUAUUAGCAUAGUGAUAUUUAUUUAGAUUCUGUUUGUUGUUUGCAGUACAGAUAAAUAUUAAGUGCACUGAAUAGUUUUUAAAAAAUAUUUUGUAUUUAUAUGUUUUGAAAUAUAUGCUUAAAUAUGCAACUAUGUACAGUAAAUGCCAUCCCAUACUGUUUUGAAAUGUUCUGUCUUUUAACUGCGGAGAGACUGCACAAAAUAUUGUAUGAAUGACUUUUUUGUAUUCGUUAGCAACUGUUUCAUCAUUAUUGUUUUGACAGUAAAUAUAUCUCCAAAAGCAAAAAUUCUUGCUGAAUCAAAAUGAAAUUUGAGAAAAUUGAGUUAAAGAUUCCCCCAUCAAUACUGGGGUUACUGUGGUUAUUGAGUAGGUUUUAGGGGGAAACACGGUGUGUGGAAUGUGAAGCACGCCACUCUGUAAGAUUUUGAAGAGAGAAGAAG